AUGGACAAGCACCUUGAGAUCUUGGCGAGAGAGCAUCUAGAAGCGAAGUUCCUCAAGAUCAACGCGGAGAAGAGCCCGUACCUGGCCGAGAAGCUACGUAUAUUCAUGCUUCCGACGUUGGCCCUGGUUCACAAAGGCAAAGUCACAGGAUACGUCGUUGGAUUUGACGAGCUUGGCGGAACUGAAGAUUUUCCCACAGAAAUUCUGGAGACUAGACUUGUGCUUGGGGGAGCUCUUGCCGAGGAGAAGCUGUCUGGCCAUCGUCAAUCCAAGCAGACAGCCGCUACCGUGAGAAGAGGCGGCGACGAUGGCAGCGAUGACGAUGAUUACUGA